CCCCCCGACGGGGAGAUGAAGUGCACGCACGGCGACGGCCGCAUCGACACCGAGUGCUACUUCGGCUGCCACGCCGGCUUCCUGCUCGUAGGGUCCUUCCGACGCACGUGCCUCCCCGUCGCCAUGUGGGACGGCAUUCCUGCUCACUGCAAGCCGGUGUUCUGUCCGCCCUUACCGCCACUGCGGCAUGCGACGGUCUCGCCACACUCCUGCCUCACGGACAAGAGCCGCUACGCCACCACCUGCAACUUCACAUGCAGCGCUGGCUUCCUGCUCGACGGCGCCUCGAGCACCAGCUGUGAAGGUCUCGGCAGAUGGUCGCACAGUGGGGGGGAGGUUAGGUGCAUCGACACUGAGGCUCCGCGCGUGGAUUGGUGCGAAUCUCCCCCAACGUUCCUCUCCGGGGAAGAAGAAGUCGAUGUGUAUUGGGAAGAGCCAAUAUUUUCUGAUAACUCUCGGCUGCCAGUGAAGGUGAAUAGGUCCCUAGACCCCGGGCGCUUUCCUCAGGGUUCGACUGAUGUGGUUUACACAGCCGUCGAUGAGUCUGGCAAUACUGCUUCAUGCAACAUUACCAUCACUGUCCAGAAACACGCUUGCCAGAUCCCAAUGGACCCUAUUAACGGUAUCGCCAACUGCACCGAGGAUCCUGAGGCCGUCUACUGCUCCUUCACGUGCGACGACGGCUACGCCUUCGCCAUGCGUCCUCAGCAGGACUACUUCUGCGCCUACGAUGGAAUCUGGAGGCCGGACAACAGCCCACUCAACUUCCCUGAUUGUUCUGUGACGGCAGUCUCAAACAGCGUCGCCCAGGCUGGAGAAAUGGCCAUCGACAGUGACGGUUCAGUUUGUGACGACAUCUUUUUCAUGGGACAGGUGGAAAAUCAGCUGGAGUCGCGACUGGAAGCGGCUCUCAACGCCAUGUGUUCCGACAACAUUGUUUGUGAAGUGGCAGCUGUAGAAGCCGUUUGUGAAGGAUUGCUUGCCGAAGCUGAGGAGGAGAGUACCAAUAUGGGUUCAUAUCGCCGAAAACGGUCCAUCAACCCCCGAAAUAUAAGAGAUAAGUUUUGGUCUGGUGAAGAUGGAGGUAAAUGGCGUUAUUGGGAGAGGAGUCCUAUCGAAUCUUCUGUACAGUUCGUGAGAGAAGUGCAGGUGGGUUCAUCUAUGUCGGAUGAUGACCAUUUACUCGCCAGGACCAAGAGACAGUUGGGUUUACUUCAACCAAUGUUUUUGACUCCUAAUCAGUUCACUCCUGAUUCAAAAGAGCCACAGUCUGAAACUUCAAACCGCGGAGAGUAUCUUGGCGUUUUCAUUGAUUUGAUUACUCGCUCACUGGGUUCAGACAUUUCUUUUAACAGAUUUGCAUCGUUUUUGUCAAACCUUAAAGUUCAAGACGGACAGUUUGGUUCAAACGAUUUCAUGACUGCAUUCUCUCGGGAGUUUGGUGAGGGGAAAGCGAAGGAGCUCAGAGAAUUAGCAUCGUCUAAGUUCGGUAGAGACAGUGUUUUCACUGGAGAAUCACUGCAAACGAAUUUAUCGACCGGAGCCGUUGCGCCACCUGCAAGCAGACCUGCACUUGCUAUUUGGUCGUCUCUAAGUCCAGAAGAAAUUGAAAUGAUUCGUCACCAAUUGUCUGCUGCAAGCACGUCAGAUCGUCGUACACAAAGACAGGAUAUUCCGUUGUCUCCCAGACCUGCAUUUGCUGGUUCAGAGUCAAGUGACUUGCCUCAAAGCGACCAGGCGUCUCAAGAUUUCUCAAAUCAUGCCAGCAAACUCCACGGGCUGCAAAGAGCUGUACAGAGCGUCACCAGAAGUAACUUCAAAGUUCGCUUCGAACUUCAAGGUCACGGAGAAGGGGCUUCAGACGCGCUUGGUAAUGCCAUGGGAGAGAUUCUGACGGCGGCGAACAGAGGCGAGUUUGAUGUCUUGUACGGCGACCGCCUUCUUCGCGUCGCCGCACUUCGGCUAGCAGAAGACCCGGAAUACUUGUGCGAAGCUGGCAGCGUCUUGCAGGGCAAUCAGUGCGUGAAGUGUCCCGUGGGCACGUUCUUCAAUUUGCAGCUUUCUGUCUACAUUGCAGCUUUCUGUCUACCAUUGCAGCUUUCUGUCUACCAUUGCAGCUUUCUGUCUACCAUUCUAGCUUUCUGUCUACCUGGCUCGUACUCUACGGACGGUUUGGAACCGUGCACCACUUGUGGUGUGGGCGAGUACCAGGACGAGUACGCUGCGUACUCGUGCGCCGUGUGUCCUCACGCCACCACCACCUGGCGCAGAGGCUCCUGGCUUCUUGAGGACUGUAAACACACUGAGGCUCCUCGCGUGGACUGGUGCGAAUCUCCCCCAACGUUCCUCUCCGGGGAAGAAGAAGUCGAUGUGUAUUGGGAAGAGCCAAUAUUUUCUGAUAACUCUCGGCUGCCAGUGAAGGGUGCAUAUUCCAGCCUUGAAAUGCUGGAAAUAAACGACUGCUUCAGUCUACCAUGCGUUAAUGGCGGUACCUGCGCUCCCCUUGAGUUUGGCUACAUCUGCGCCUGUCCCCCCGGCUAUUCCGGGGUUCAGUGCGAAUUGGACAUCGAUGAGUGCGGCAGCGAACCGUGCCUGAACGGUGGCAGCUGUACAGAUCUCGUGAAUGGCUUCCAGUGCAGUUGCAUGGAUGGUUACGAGGGGUCGCAGUGCGAGACGAACUCCGACGAAUGCAGCACUCACGAAUGCAAGAACGGGGCCAUAUGCGUGGACGGAAUUGCUCAGUAUUCCUGCGUCUGCCCCCCGGGAUACACAGGCACCUUCUGCGAAGUGGACAUCGACGAUUGCUCGGAGAAUCGAUGUUCGGAGUUCUCAGAGUGCAUAGACCUCCUGAACGACUUCAGGUGCGAGUGUCACCCUGGCUACACAGGACGUCUGUGCAGCGUAAAGGUAGACCACUGCGAGAGCUCGCCCUGCCAGCACGGCGUCUGCACCAGCUUGAUUGAUGAUUAUUCCUACAAAGCUCUACUUUCUGCCUGGGUUGCGGUCCGCCCGCUGUGCCCGAACACGGACGCGUGCACGGCGCGUCUGGAGGAGAAGGCCGCGUCGGUGCCACCAAAUAUAAACUCUACGAACGAAAUAUUUGGGAAAUGUUGCUACGCCACAGACCAGCGCGACAACGCCUUUGCCCUCACGGACUACAACGGGUUCGUGGUGUGCGUCAACGGCGAGAAGCGUAUCACAGACGUGAGUGGCAACGACGGUGAGUGGCAUCACGUGUGCGUGAGCUGGUCGGGCGUGCGUGAUGGUGAGUGGCGGCUCUACAUGGACGGACAGUUACGUGAACAAGGACUAAACGUCGCCCCGCACACAACCAUUGCUGCUGACGGCGUUAUGGUGCUGGGACAAGAACAAGAUAUCAGGGGUGGUGGGUUCAACCCCCAGGAGGCGUUCGUUGGGGACAUGACGCAAUUCAACCUCUGGAGCCACUUCCUGGAGGAGGCUGAAGCGUUGAGCCUUUACUGGCGAUGCCAGCGAUACGUGGGCGACAUCAGAGGCUGGCCAGACUUCCAGGCUGGAAUACGGGGAGCUGUCACAUUACAAAGCUCUACUUUCUGCCUGGGUUUGUCAUGUGGGUAUCCUGGCUACCUUCGGCAUGGUUCGCUAGAGGGUACUAGGUACUCGUACGGAGACACUGUGAAAGCCUCGUGCCAGAUGGGGUACAGGAUCGAGGGCUCCUUCUUGAGGUCCUGUCUCGCCAACGGAUCGUGGAGCGGAGAACAACCAUCGUGCACACAGAUAACUUGUCCUUCAGUAUCCGCUUCCGCGCACCAGUCCGUGGCGUUGUCUCCUGACGCCUCCUUACCGAGGUCGAAGGUGGUGUACGCGUGUGAUGCAGGUUACCAGAUGGACGGACCCGGUGUACAAACUUGCGGAGGCGACGGUGAAUGGAGUGGCUCACAGCCUUCUUGCCAAGCAUCUUCCUGUAACAAUCUGCCUAGGAUCGAGAACGGAGAAUUGCAAGGACCUUCCGCUGAAGGAGUGUUCACUCUCACAUGCCAACCAGGAUUCCAGGUUCGAGGUUCACCCGACAUUGAAUGUCAGGCUGACGGCCGAUGGCCUUCAAGGCUACCCAAGUGUGUUGCUCAAAAAUGCCCUAAACCCCCCAUCGUUGAUAACGGAGCUGUCAGGGUCCGCGCGUCUCGCAAUGGGAGAGAAGCAUCGUACAAUUGUGAUACUGGAUUUGUUCUUGAAGGCCAGAGUAUACUGAUGUGCACAGAUAACGGAACAUGGGAUGCUCCAUUCCCGAAAUGCGUUUCAAAACCCUGUCCCAAUCCUGUUCCUCCUGCAAACGGAAAUUUGGUGGAAAAAAAGGAUGUUUGGAGAGUCGGUUCCAUUGUCAACUAUGCAUGUGAUAUUGGAUUCAUGAUUUCCGGCCAUGUUUCGAUUAAAUGCGUCGAUACUGGUGAAGAUGAAGGAGAGUGGGAUCAUGCUUCUCCUACCUGCUCUGUAAUUGAAUGCCCAGCUGUUGAAGAUAUCAGAUUUGGUGUUUUCACCGUGUUAGAGCGAUCUGCUCUGGCUGGACAUGCUCAACACUCGCUGGAAUUUCCGCAAGAAGAUUUGACAGUGUACAGGAAGAGGCGCGACGUCCACGAUUUUCCUCCAAUAGGCCAGACGAGUGGAAGCAGUGACUACGAUCACGGUCAGCUAUCGUCUGAUUAUGAUCAUUUAGGUCAGUCAGCUGGAGGGCAGUCAGUAAUGGACUAUGAUUUUGGACAGAAAGGCAACGAGUUUGAUCAAUUUGGUCAAACUAGCGAUGAUUUCAGAGAAUUCGGUCAAACUAGCAAUGGUUUCGAUGGGUUCGGCCAAACUAGCAGCGGUUUCGAUGGGUUCGGCCAAACUGGCAGCGGUUUCGACGGAUUUGGUCAAACUAGUAGCGGGUUUGACGAGUUUUCCCAAAAAAGCAGUGGAUUUGAUGAAAUUGGUCAAACAAGCGUUUGGAAUGUUGGACAAAGCCCUGCCGAACUAAUAAAAUCCGGUCCAAUGGUGUACGGUACUGUUGUCGAAUACUCCUGUCGUCCCGGAUACCAGCUUGUCGGAGCUAAAGCCAGAAAAUGCGACUCAGACGGAGAAUGGAAUUUUCCAGCCCCAUAUUGUUAUGAGAACUACUGCUCAGAACUCCCUGCUUUAGAAAAUGGUUUUCCAACUUAUCAUGGCUCCGGUGUUAACAGUCGUGUCGAGUUCACAUGCGAUGACGGUUUUCAAAUAGAAGGGGACUUUGAAAUGCUUUGUCAGCCAGAUAAGACGUGGCUGGGCGUGUUCCCAACGUGUAAAGUGACAGACUGCAAAAAACCAAAAGAACUGGAGAACGGAACCGUAACGUAUACAUCAACUACUUAUGGUGCCAUGGCUGUUUAUGAUUGUUACAUGGGAUUUGUUUUGGAAGGGAGCUUCGAAAGGUUUUGCUCUGGAGAAGGGUUCUGGAAUGGUUCAAUGCCUAGAUGUAUUGCUGUGACGUGUAUGGUGCCGCCUGUUAUUGACAAUGGUUACAUAACCUUCGAAGGCAGCCUAUAUGUUGGCUCACCAAUCGAGUACGAGUGUAAGGAAUGUUUUAUGCUAAACGGAACUCGCUUCAGGUAUUGCCAAGUUGACGGAUCUUGGGAUCUCGUUGAACCUACGUGCGAUAUGAUCUAUUGUGACGCAAUACCCGAUCAGCUCCCUAACGGUCGCAUAAUUGGUAAUGAUAAUUCAUGCGGGGCUCUUGUUGAGUACGAAUGUGAUCCUGGCUACGAAAUGAGAGGACGCAGGCGAGCGACAUGCCUUGAAAAUCAACGUUGGAGUUCACCAACUCCAAAAUGUGAACGAAUCACAUGCGGAAUUCCUGACGCUGUGGACUACGGCCGCAUAAUUGGAGAAUCAUUUUCAUUUUCGGACAAGGUGACGUAUGAAUGUAGUCCCGGUUACGUUUUGCGAGGUACCAACGUUCGCGUGUGUUCAGUUGACGGAACAUGGACAGACAGAAGCCCGUACUGUGACAUUAAAAACUGCACGAAGCCCAAAGGGCCAUCGAACGGGCGCGUACGGUUGAGUGGUUUGUUUUAUGGGUCCACGGCGAAUAUUGUGUGUGACCCUGGCUUCAGAAUCGAAGGUCCACGAAACUUGAAGUGCAACGAAAAUGCAGUUUGGGAUCAAGUAAUGCCUUAUUGCCUUCCCAUCAUUUGCCCUCCGGCACCAUUGAUACAACACGGAUCUUAUAAUUCGACAGAACGUCAGUUUGAGUCGUUCACUAAGAUUGUUUACUCUUGCAACGAAGGCUACUACACCAAUGCUACAGAAACGUCACUCCUCUGCGAUAUAUAUGGCCAAUGGGUUGGAACGCCAAUAACAUGUCGCAUUAGAGAUUGCGGAACGCCCGGAACUUUACCGAAUGGGCGGAUCAUAGGAAACGUAACUACGUACGGAGCAGUUGUUUCGUUCCAUUGUAAUGAAGGUUACACUCUCUUAGGCGAGGCAACCGCAAAGUGUUUGUCGGAUGGUAGCUGGAGCAACUACGCCACCGCUUGUUCUUUGGUGACCUGUGAAGAUCCGACCUUCAUUGAAAAUGCCAAGCUUGUGCUCGACAAUUCAGCCGUGAGUUAUGGUACAACUCUCUCAUAUGAAUGUGAAAAAGGGUAUUUAAUGUCAGGUUCUGCAAACAUGUCGUGUGAAUUGAAUGGCAAAUGGUCCAAAGAACCCCCUUCGUGUGAUAUCGUAAAAUGCCCUCCUCCACAAGAAGAUUUCAAUGCCGUAAGGCAAGGAAAUUCUUUCGAGUAUGGACAGAUGAUAAACUAUUCUUGCUCAGAGGGAUUCCUUAUGGAAGGCCCAGCUCAGCUAGAGUGUUUGGAGACGGGUCUUUGGUCGGGAGAAUUUCCUGUUUGCGAAAUGAUUACAUGUCCUCUACCUGAAGAUAUUGAGAACGGCCGCUACAUGGCUAGGAAAAUAAAUGAAAUUCCAAUUAAAACCGAAUCCACUCAGACAAUCGAGUCUCAAAGCACUCGUAAGACUAAAACCACGAAAACGGGUAGGUUGGUCAACCUUCUACAGAUGAGCCAGAUGCGAGAAGAUGUUCUAUACAAAUUCGGGGACGUGAUCGAAUAUGAAUGUGACGAAGGACAUUACAUGGACACCAGCGGCAUCAUCACUUGCAUUGAGAGUGGUUGGAAUUUGCCGCCCCCUACCUGUCGCGCCAUUGAAUGUCCCAUCCCGAUAUCAAUACGCAAUGGAGAAGUUCUAGGCGAUGAUGUCGUGUUUGGAUCUGAGUUGGAGUACAAGUGUGAUGAAGGCUACGAGCUUGUGGGUGUAAAUCGUCGUAGGUGUCUGGCAAACAAAGAAUGGAGCGACACGGAGCCGUUCUGCAGAAUCAUCGAGUGUCAAAGACCGGCUUCUUUGGAAAACGGUCGAACUAUUGGUUCUAGCUUCAAGUACAAGUCCGUCUUGUCGUACGUCUGUAAUACUGGCUUCAGGUUAACGGGCGUUGAUACAAGAGUAUGUCAAGGCGACGGCCACUGGACUGGAGAACAGCCCGAGUGCGUUGAGAUUUUCUGCAGCGCGCCUGAGCACGUGCCCCACUCCGUCCAGGACGUCACCACCAUGAAGGUUGGAGACACCGCUCGUUACUCGUGCUUGGAAGGAUACAGACUGGAGGGCUCCUCGGUACUCAACUGCCAGGAGUCUGGCGACUGGGACCACCUCCCUCCGCGGUGUGUGCAGAUCAACUGCGGCCAUCCCCCUCACGGCAACCACUUGUCCCUGAGUGGUAACAGCACAAUCUACGGGGCACAAGUGAAAUAUAGCUGUGCUCGGGGCUACCGCCUACAAGGGGCUGUAGAGACCACGUGCACGCAGGCGGGCGUGUGGAGCUCGUCUGCCCCGCGCUGUGAACGCAUCCAGUGUGAACCUCCCAACCCUCCUCCCAACGGCUACAUCGUUCCCUCACCACAAGAGCUUCGCAAAGAGAGACUCAUUCUUCAACAAUCCGCCUCCCCGGUCAAAACUUCUGGCGCAGUUACUAAUAUUCAAACACAGUCAGCUACGUCAGAAGCGCUCUCUGAAACUUCAGCCCUACACCUAGAACAACAGCUCGACCAGUUACUACGACACCCUCAACAUUUAACACGAAAACGACGGUCCCACCAGCGAACGACAUCACCGAUAGUUAGAACGACAGUCACACCUGCUCGAACAACAGUCACACCUGCUCGAACCACAGUCACACCUGCUCGAACGACAGUCACACCUGCUCGAACGACAGUCACACCUGCUCGAACGACAGCAUCACCUGCUCGAACGACAGUCCCACCUGCUCGAACGACAGUUUCGCCAGCUCAGAUUUCAGCCACAUCUAGCCGAACUACAGCCCCUCCAACCAGGUCAGCCACGCCUGGCAACCCUUUGGUCUCGAUACCUUUGCCUUCGAAAACUAAUUCUCCUGUAACCAAAGGCCAAAUCGUACAGAUACCGUCGUUAAAAUCUCGUCAUAAACGGGGUGGAACAUGGGGAAUGGACGAGUCUCUUCUCACGGAAAAUUUGCAGCAUAUGCAACAGUUGCAGCAGCAAAGAGAAGUGGAAGAUCAGCAGCUUGCGCAACAAAUAUUUCACGAAGUGGAUGUGCAGUCUUUCGAACUUGACCAAGUAGAGGGAUCUGGGUUCGCUCCGUUAUAUUCAACCGAGCGUCUUGGGGAAAGUGAAUACUUCGUUGAUGACGUCAUAAAUUUCGCAUGCAACGAAGGCUUUUACACGAAUGCCACGAACACGAAAAGCAUUUGUACGGAAGCUGGUACUUGGAACUACACGCAGAUUCAGUGCAGGCGCAUUUCUUGUGGACCUCCUGAAUUACCAUCGCAUUCUGCCAUACACAGCAACCAUGACAACUUCCUCUAUGGCACCGAAUAUGUUUACUCAUGUACUAAAGGAUACGUUCUCAAGAACUGGACCGGCAACACGACGGUUAUUCGGUGUGGGGCUGCGGGUGUGUGGGAAGGAUCGCUCCCCAAGUGCGAGCCCGUCCGCUGUGGGGAGUUCCCUCCGAUGGAGCACGCGGGAUAUAACGUAGUAUCCCCUGACCCCAGAUAUCCCCUAAGCCUGGAUAGCGUCGUCACCUUCACUUGCCAUGAUGGAUACCGCAUGAACGGCCGUGGGUCGCUAUUGUGUUCCCACACCGGCAAGUGGUUGGGUGUUGGGGAAAGCAAAUGUGAAGAGCAGCUGUGCACAGCGGCGCCCGUCAUACGCAACACGUCGCACGUCUUCCACGAGCUGGCACGUCCUCAGACGUCCACCUACCGCUGCCUCGACGGUUACAAACUUAACGGCACGAACACUACACUCACCUGCAGCUAUGGCGUCUGGUCCCUCCCAAGGUUUACGUGCGAUCCUGUUAACUGCUUUGAGCCUCCCAUCCCCGCGAACGGCAAGAUCACGGCCGAGCAUUUCAACCUGGGCAGCGUGGCGCAGUACAGCUGCACGUCCGGCCAUACCUUGCGGGGCACCGCCUCUAUCAUGUGCGGUCCUGACGGAAAAUGGCAUGGCAAUGUACCCUACUGCGAGCCUGUACAUUGUGGCAUGCCCGAGUCUCCAGAGAGCGGCAGUGUAUCCGUGUCUGGCACUGUGUUCAAAUCCGUGGCCACGUAUGCAUGCAUACGUGGCUACGUGCUGCGCGGCAACACCACGCGCGAGUGCGACGAGUUCGGCGCCUGGUCUGGACUUCGACCGAGCUGCUACAAGGAGAACUGCGGUGAGCUGGCCGCCCCAAAGCACGGCUUCGUGAUGGGCGUCUCGACGCUCUUCGGCGACCACAUCAAGUUCGGCUGCGAGCCUGGGCACGUGUUGAGCGGGGCUCACGUGUCCACGUGCCUGCAUACCGGAAACUGGUCCGAUGUGCCGCCCACGUGCACGGCGGUGCAAUGCGGCUCUCCUCCGGCGCCGCCCAACACGAUGCCUCUAGCGCUGGCCAGCUCCGAACGUCUGCCCUACAACACGACGCGGAGCUACAGCUGCUCUGAGGGCCACGUCCCUAGAGGGGACCUUAGCAUCAGAUGUACUGAGGACGGCUCUUGGUCCCCUCCUCCGGCGCCGCCCAACACGAUGCCCCUAGCGCUGUCCAGCGAGGAACGUCUGCCCUACAACACGACGCGGAGCUACAGCUGCUCUGAGGGCCACGUCCCUAGAGGGGACCUUAGCAUCAGAUGUACUGAGGACGGCUCUUGGUCCCCCUUCAGAGGGCAGUGUUCAAAGCUGUCGUGUGGCCGGCCCGUGGUGAACACCAAAGGCGCAGUGAUCGAGGGUCGCUCGUUCUACUACAACGAUAAGGUCGUCGUGCGCUGUCCAGAGGGAUCGUCAGCAAACGAGCCGUCAGUGCUGACAUGUCAGUCAGACGGUACCUGGUCGUCUGAAGCCUCCUGCACCGUAUCCUGCAGCAGGAACUGCCUGCACGGCGGAGUAUGCGUCAGUAACAGCCACUGCUCCUGCACACCAGGCUAUUAUGGCAGCCACUGUCAGCUCGCAACCUGCAGUAGCGGCUGCCGCGGCGGCCGCUGCGUCGGCCCUAACGCGUGCCUCUGCCCCCACGGCGUCGUGGCGACAUCGUGUCACAGGUCUGGAGUUGACCUUGCGUACGACGACAUCACCAAUUACAAUGACUGGGACGUGGCGGCGCUGAAGAGGCGAGUGGGCGGAUCGUCUAUUACAAGUCGGCUUGCCAGGACAACCUAG